AUGUCCUCCAUCGGGUCGAUGUCGAUGCAGGUCGACAGCGACGAUCUCAAGUCGGCCCUUCAGAGAGCUGGGCACCUGCUGAAGCAGUUCAUCCAGGACGACUCGCAGGCGAGCAUUCUGAUCCACAACGGCGCGAAAGGAUUGUCGGUGUGGUUGGAGGCGCCUUCCGACGCGGACAUCAAGAACAGUUUCUCCUUCAUCAAGAAAGAUGGAGCCCGUCCUGACCCUUCGAAAUUUUGGGGGCUAUCGCUGUCGUCCAUGUCUGGAGUGCCGCAGGGCAUGAAAGUUCUCACUGAAGAAGAAACUGAAAACUCCCUCAAGGAGGCAGUAGUUGCUCCGUCUGUUGCUCCCCCUCCUUCCCCCUCCGUCGCCCUCCAUCGCUCGAGCUCAGAAAAUUUUGGCGAAGCCUGGGGAUCAUCCGCGCCGCCGCCUCCGACUAUCCACAGAUCUGUGUCAGAGCCCGUGUUCAACGAGGAGCCGCGAGCGAAGGAGAAGCCGCAGGAAGUCAAGCGAGAGAAGCCGGCGAGGCCCGAGUUCGAGGGCACGUGGGCAGACGAGUCGGACGAUGACGGUCAUUUUCUCGCAAAGCUCCCGGAGCUGCCGGAGAUCAGCAAGCGAGAGGCUUCUGCUGAGGACGAGCAAAGGAUGGGAGGGGAGCAGGCAAGCAGGACAAGCCAACAGGACAGGGGAGAAGCAGCAGAUGAGGCGGACGAGGGCAGGCAAGGCAAUCGAGAUCGCAGGAGGAGAGACACACGCAAGAGGAACGACGAGCAGCCAAUGCGCGAGAGGAACGAUUUUCAACCCAACGAGUCUCGCGGAAGGGGAGGAGCAGACCGCGCGAGACGUCCACCACCAGCGAGGAGAGAGCAGAGCGACUACUCGAGCAAAGAGUCCGAGACAAGACCGAUGCACACGGGAGGAUCGUGGCAGGCGAUGAGAGCAGCGGGAAGGUACAUCCCCCCUGCCAGGCAGAACUACUACGAGGACCCUCGAGUCGCAUCGCAUGCAGAGAGGAACGGGCAGGACGGAAACGGGCUGAGGGUCACGGCGACCUCAGACGGCAGCAGACGCGUCAUCUCCUCUCAAGCUAACCAGGGGAGGCAGAACCGCACGAGAGGUAAAGAUCCGCCCUUUCCUCCCCUCCCGCCUUGA